AUGCCCUACCAACCUACCACCAACGUCGCUUUAGCCCGUGAAAGACAGCGCAGUUCAAACGAGAUCCCCGAUCACGCCUCCUCCCCAGCUGGACAGCUCCCUGGUGAUUCCACCACACUGGUCUCAAAAACUAGCGUCGGCGACCCUGAGCUCCCAAACACUCGGAAACAACAGACCCCUGAUCGCGACAACGAGCUCGAGAACACACAGAUACCUCUGAACAGCGCAAGUUACGACGCUGACGACGAACAUGUGUCAAACCCUCCUGAUUCGUCAAGCCCACCCUUCACUGCAGAAGACGUCGACCAGGAUACGGACGUACAAGAGCCUAUCGGUAACGAAGCCGACGUCCCCCCGCCCACCGAGGAGACUCUUCGCAUCCAGGCAGUUACCUGGAUGGAGGCAGUCUAUCACGAUGCACCCAACGGAACGGCGAUCGCUCCUCCAACUUGGUAUGCGCCUUCCCACAGUACCCCUUCCCGCCCCCGGGUGUGGAUCAAGGACUUUUUCACGGGACAUGUCCGUCCCCGUAGGCUGGUUAAUGACCGCCUUGCGGAGAUGUCUCUCGUGGAAAGGGAGAGGUGGGAGAACCGCCAGAGGAGGAUUAGGGGCGAGCCAGCGGAGUGA